AUGCUAACUCGAGAGAUCAACUUUUAUUUUCCUUUUAGACAACCAACACAACAGGUAACAACUGAUAAUUUUGACAAUACUUCAGAAAGUGAAAAUGAUGCACAAUCGGAUUCGUAUGCUAUCGAUGUACCUGAGGAAAUUGAAGAUGAAGCUUCAUCAGAUAAUGGAAAUUCAACCGAUAGCGAGGAAGAAUCUGGUGAAAAUCAUAAUACAACGGAUGAUGAAUCGAACAUCGAUGUUGAAGAUGAAUCUGAAGAUGAAUCUGGAGAUGACAUCGAUGGUGGAUAUGCAAAAAAUUACGAUGAACAAGUAGUCCAACAAGGAAAUAUUCAAUUCUCAGUUCUUCAACUAGUGAAACGAAUUCGUUCAUGCAUUGGCAAUAUUCGUGCUAAAAGAGCUGUACUUGAUUAUGUUAAAAAGAAAGCACAAUCAGUUGAUCCACCGAUUACAUCUACACUUAUUACAGACAUUGAAAUCCGAUGGAACACCACAUUUGUAAUGAUCGAUCGUUUCACUAAACAUCGUGCUAUUAUUGACGACAUUAAUGGUCGACCAUAUCAGAUACCAAAUACAAGUUCAACACAACAAUUAAAAAUUGGUUCAAAGGAAUUUGAAUUCACCAACAAUGACUGGCAUCGAAUAACUGAUUUAAAAAAAGCAUUAGAACCAUUUAUGAUUUCCACAAAUGUAGUGUCUGCCAAAAACUAUCCCACGUUAGCAGCAGCUUAUUCUGGUGAGAUUUUUAUUUGA